AUGGUGAAAUCUUCCAGCCCACCCUGGCUCAAAUUGCUGAAGAACAAAGGCAAAGAGGAGAGUGAUAAAGAGGGCGAGGAGGAGGGUUGCAAGAAGGGCGGCAAGGAGAGCGAGAAGGAGGGCGAGGAGGAGGAGGAGGAGGAGGAGGAGGAGGAGGAGGAGGAGGAGGAGGAGGAGGAGGAGGAGGAGGAGGAGGAGGAGGAGGAGAGCAAGGAGGAUGGAGGAGGAGGACGAGAGGAGGGCAAGGAGGAGGACGAGGAGGAGGGCGAAGAGGAGGGCGAGGAAGAGGGCGAGGAAGAGGGCAAAGAAGAAGGUGAGGAGAAUGUAGAAGGGGGUGAUGACGAAGAAGGUGCAUCAAGUGACGGCGAUGUUCAGGAGGUGCGGCUGGUGCGAAUAGCAGGUGAUGGAAGUGUGAGGGCGCGAGAAGAUGUGGAGAAAGGGGAUGGUAGUGAGGUGCGGCUGGUGCGAAUAGCGGAUGAUGGAGGUGUGGGGGCGCGAGAAGAUGUGGAAAAAGUGGAUGGUAGUGUAAGCAACAGUGGAGACUUGCAUGAGUGA